AUGCCUGCAGGCUCUCAGGACAGCGCGAAGCGCAAAAGGGCUUCCACAGGCAAGGUCACCAAAGUCGCCAAGAGGCGGCUUUCAUCAGAUGAAGAGGCCGAAGACCUAAACGGAAAGAUCUUGCUCAUGGAACAGGGCAUUCUGGAAUCCAAGAAGAACUACAACGAUAUUGCCAACCUUCUCAGCAUCGCCAGUGGCUACGAAGAUGGAGAGGAAGAGUCAACACUGGCCGCGGUAGCUUUAUGUCGAAUUUUCCUAAGAUUACUGGCUCAGGGUUCUCUUGUCGCAAAGAAAAAUCAGUCGGAGAAGGAAGCUGUGGUCUUCAGCUGGCUAAAAGACCAGUAUUCACAGUACAAGUCUCUUCUGCAGGACAUGCUUAAAGACAAAGAUCUGGCCGUGACUGCACUCACUCUCUGCAUGAGGACUCUGAAAGCAGAGGGAGAGCAUCUUCACAAUAAAGAAGAAUACACCUUCCCUCAGGCCUUUCUGGAGGGCAUUGUUGCGACUUUGAUUACGUCGGAUAGCGACGAUGUGGGAAAGGCAUUCCUCGAGUCAUACGUGGAAGAGUUCGACGACAUUCGAUACUACACAUUCAAAUCAGUAAAGACAAUUCUGGGGCGAUUCAACAAGGAUGAUAUUCCAGACGGCUUGUUCGACCGAGCGUUUGCUUUGCUAUCAGCCCUGGAUGGAGUUCCCCAGUCCGCCGAGGAGCUUGAGGACUUUUACAUCCCUCGUCCUAAAAAGAAAUCUCAUAAUCUAAGAUCGGCUAUCCAACACAAGCGACAGGGACAAGACGCUUGGUUAGCUAUACUGAGCAUUGUCCAGAGCAAAGAUGAGCGGAAACGCAUCCUCAGCGUCAUAUCCACAAACAUCGCCCCCUGGUUUACAAGACCCGAGCUUCUAUCCGACUUCCUCACCAGCUGUUACAAUGCAGGCGGCUCAAUGUCCUUAUUAGCCCUCUCCGGUGUCUUUUACCUCAUCCAAGAGCGGAACCUAGACUACCCAUCAUUCUAUCCCAAACUUUACUCACUCCUCGACAAAGACAUCCUUCACUCCAAGCAUCGCUCUCGCUUUUUCCGUCUUCUGGAUACUUUCCUUGCCUCGACUCAUCUUCCCGCUGCUCUUGUUGCCAGCUUUGUCAAGAGACUUGCCCGGCUCUCAUUAAACGCUCCCCCGAGCGCCAUUGCUACCGUUAUCCCUUGGACUUACAACCUCUUAAAACGUCACCCAACCUGCACAUUCAUGAUUCAUCGAGUUGUGCAAGACCCGGAAUUGAAGAAGCAUAUCCAGGACAAUGGCGCAGACGAUUCCUUCGACCCCAAAGAGACAGACCCCAUCGAGACCGGCGCCAUUGAUAGCUCCCUGUGGGAGCUUGUUCAGCUGCAGUCGCACUAUCACCCGAAUGUUGCAACCAUUGCAAAGAUCGUUUCCGAGCAGUUCACCAAGCAGUCAUACAACAUGGAAGAUUUCCUCGAUCACUCUUACGCUAGUUUGCUUGAUGCGGAGAUUGGAAAGGAAAUCAAGAAAGCCCCCGUGGUGGAAUUCCACAUCCCCAAGAGGGUUUUCCUGCCCCAAGACGAGCCCGCCACCAACCCAGACAGCCUGUUGGUGAAGCUGUGGGACUUUGGAGAGCCAGCGAAUGGUGUCGCGGCUGCAUAG